AUGAGCUACGUCCACGGAGAAGGUGACGGGGUGCCGAAGGCAUCGCUCUCGUCUAAUGAUGACAGGGUGCCGAAGGCAUCUCUCUUGUCAAAUGAUGACGGGGUGCCGAAGGCGUCACUCUUGUCGGAUGAUGACAGGGUGCUGAAGGCAUCGCUUUUGCCAAAUAAUGAUAGGGUGCCGAAGGCAUCUCUCUUAUCAAAUGAUGACAGGGUGCCGAAGGCAUCUCUCUUGUCAAAUAAUGACGGGGUGCCGAAUGCAUCGCUUUUGUCAAAUAAUGACAAGGUACCGAAGGCAUCUCUCUUGUCAAAUGAUGACAGGGUGCUGAAGGCAUCGUUUUUGUCAAAUAAUGAAAGGGUGCCGAAGGCAUCUCUCUUGUCAAAUGAUAACGGGGUGCCGAAGGCAUCGCUCUUGUCAAAUGAUGACGGGGUGCCGAAAGCAUCGCUCUCGUCGAAUCAAGAUGCUUGUAGAACAAGCUUACCAAUGGUUAUUUCUGAUGAUCAUAUAUGCCAAAGGCAAUAA